UUUUGACCAACACUCGCACUUGCGGACACGUGUUCUUUAGCUACAAGGUGACGUGUCAAUCGUCCAUGAACACGUCUCACCAUUGAACGCCACGUGUCACUAUUACUUGCUCGCCUUAAGCUCAGCCGGAGAAAGAUGAACAGGACAGAACAGAAGAGGAGGAAAAUGUUGCAGAGUAGUUCCUUUGUCUCCGCAAAUCUCAUGAGAGGCUCGUUGUUGCUAUGGUCCUUCAAGCCAUGCAGAAGAAGUUUGAUCACAGCGACGAGUUCAGUUUCCUGCUCUUCUCGGUCACAGGGGAAAUGCUUCACGAAAGUUAACCGAACCGGCCCACCGGAAUUCCCCGGCGGAGCCUCGCCGGAGGAGUUACCGUCACCGGAAUUUACAGUUAUACCCUCGGAUCCUCCGCCGCUUGGGCCGCCGGAGAAUCCCGGCCCGGAGCUUCCGUUCCCACCAUCGCCAUCCCCGCCAAUGCCGGAUACCCCGAACGUCCCAUUUCCUCCGCCGGGGAUGCCACCUGACGUGAUGCCGCCGGAGUGGGAGCCGCAUCGACCGCCGGAGAUAGUUCCUCCUCCCGGAGUUCCGCCGGACGGUUUGCCGCCGGGAAUCGACCCGCCUAAGGGUCCUUUUGUAAUAUAGAAACUCUGUGAUCCUAGUUCUGAAUAAAUUUAAGAACACCACUGUGUUCUGCAUA